UUUAUUCUUCGCAAUCGCGUUUUCCAGCUUUCAACCUUUCUCUUUCAUGAUGUUGGCGCCAUUAAGAGUAAUACCCAGUUUCUUUCUUUAAGAAUAUUUAAGUAUUGUACUUGCAGUGGCUCUUGACUAGCACUUCAAGUUCAUAAUUACUGAGCAUUGUGCAGUACAACUGGAUUAACCUAUGCUCAACCUGUGGAGUUUUUAGUGAGGAAGUUGUUGGAACAAUACAUUUACAUAUAUUUUGAGAAUGGCAGAUUUUGAGGAUAAAAAUGAAGAAGGUAACUCAACCAGGAAUGGUAGUGAUGACAUUUGUCGUGAUUUCCUGCGUAACUUGUGCAGACGUGGAUCUAGCUGCAAAUACAGACAUCCAGAGCCAAAACAGGAUUCACAAGAAGGAGAAAGGGAGGAGAUAAAAUUUUGUCAUGAUUUUCAGAAUAAAGGUUGUCGACGAGCAAAUUGCAAAUUUAUGCAUUGCACAAAGAGGGAAGAAGAGUACUAUCUAAGUACGGGAAAAUUACCAAAGCAUGUACAAGAUGCCUUAGGAGAUAACAGAAGUGAAGUUCCAGUCUGUAAAGACUUCUUGAGGGGUUUUUGUAAGAGAGGAAUUUAUUGUAAGUUCCGACACCUAACACCAGAAGAAUAUGAUAUGGAGAUGCGUGGAGAGAGUGGGCCUCCUAUUAUGGGUGAGCCUGACAAUUUUGAUUUUCAACUAAAACGUAAACGGUCAGCUUUUGAUGAUGGCUAUGGGCCAUUUGAUGGACCAGGAGGCCCAGGGGUCUUGCUGCCAACCCCUGGCCCUGACCGAAUGCCUGAUGUCCAAAUCUUAGAAGGGGAGAACUCAAUUCUCCGACGUAAAAUAGAUGAACUUAAAAAACAAGUUACAGAAUUAACUUCAACUGUAGAAUACUUGCUGGAGCAAAAUGCACAGUUACGUGCAAAUAAACUUUCUGGUGUUCCCCCACCUCCUAAACCUCGCACUUUAUAUCCAGGUAGUGGACAAGGUGUUGGUCAACCAUGGUAAUUAUUUAUGUUCAUACAAACAACUUGAUUGGUUGAUCUUUCACUUUCAUCAUGAUUUUUAAGGGUAAGAUUUUUGUAUUACUGGCAUGUGACAUUCUGUAGAAGGAAAGAUUGGCCAUUACUGUCAUUUGUUUUUUUAUCAAUUCUAGUUCCCGUUUGGAUGAAAUUUAGUCCUGUAAGAGGUUUUUAAUAAUACAAAAACUUGUGUCAUCCAAUCAUUUUCACACUGUUGUUUUGUUAAGUAACCGCAUAAUCUGCAUUUAUAAAAUAAACUAUCACAGUCUUUGGUGUAAGAGGUACUGAAAGGUGAAUUUGGUUGUUGCUAAUGGAUCAGAUGUUGAUUUUUAUUGAUGUUAAGUAGAGUGACAAACACUGGCAACAACUGUAUUUGUACAUUAGAUUUUUUGUGAUAGUAUAUCAGAUUCCUGAAAACUUAGACAUUUGGUAUGUUCUGUAUGAAAUAAAUGUUUUAGAUAAAUCAGCACAUAAAAUGUAAUUUAACUUUUAUAUAUUAUAUUUGAACUAUAAAUUUGAUAGACUGACACAUAUUAAUUGCCCUGACUUUAAUUAAAUGUAACUGGUGGAUCAAAUUUUUCUUGGUAGCUGUUCUGUGGUUUUCAUUUUUAGUGAAAGAUUUCAAACUUUGUAAGGAUUCAUACCACUGUAUAUUUUCAAGGGUGUAUUUUAUCUAUAACUUGUCUACUUGGUCAUAAGGGAAUUGUUUUAUAUGACACCAUUUCAGACGUAAAGGUUGUAAUGUGUGUCUAAACAAGUACUUUACUGGAAAUUCUCAUUUAAUGUAUGUUAUUCAUGUCAUUGUCAAUAAAUGUGUCUUUAACACGUUUCA